AGCCGGUGCUCCUCCUGGUGCGGUGCAGUCUCAGCUCUACCACGGGACCGGUAUGCACUAUCCGCGGAGGAGCAAGUGAGCCGACCGAGAAAGAUGCAGGCGGAGGACAUGGAGGUACCUAUCAUUAAUAACCUUAACGAUAACGGCGACAGACAGAGGGCGAAAGGGAAAGAUGUGUUCAAGGAUCAGCAGAAGGAGUCGGAGAGCUCCAUGGAGUCUCCCAACCUGGAGUUUGAGUACGGAGACACAGACACUCUAAUGGCUGAGCUUUCAGAGCUCUACAGUUACACAGAGGAGCCAGAGUUUGCCAUGAACAGAGAAUACUUUGAGGAGGACUUCAGGAGCCAUGCUCGAGGCAGGAGGUGGAUCGAGUUGACGGUGGAGGAGCAGAGGGCAUAUGUGAUGAGGCUGCUGGAUGCGCUGGAGGUGACUGACAGAGACAGGAGGCUGAAGGUGGCCAGGGCCAUCCUCUACCUGGCUCAGGGAGUGUUUGAUGAGUGUGACACGGAGGUGGAUGUGCUCCACUGGUCCAGACAUAACGUCUUCCUGCUCUACGACAUGGGCAUCUUCACGGCACUGCUGGAGCUGCUUAGCAUGGAGAUAGAUAACAACCAGGCGUGCAGCAGUGCAGUGAGGAAGCCUGCCAUCUCUCUUGCAGACAGCACAGAGCUCAGAGUGCUACUGAGUAUCAUGUACCUGAUGGUGGAGACUAUUAGAGUUCAAACAGAGGACGAUAGACCUGAGUGGAGAGCAGCCAGAGAGGCCUUCAAGAAUGAGCUAGGCUCACCUCUGUACAACGGAGAGCCCUUUGCCCUGCUCCUGUUCACCAUGGUGACCAAGUUCUGCAGCAUGAAUGCCCCACACUUCCCCAUGAAGAAAGUACUACUGCUGCUCUGGAAGACAAUACUUUUCACCUUAGGGGGUUUCGAGGAGCUCCAGGAGAUGAAGGUGCGGGGCCGGGAGCGCCUAAACCUGCCCCCGCUCCCGGAGGACAGCAUCAAGGUGGUCAGGGCCAUGAGAGCAGCCUCGCCGCCGGCCUCUGCCAUGGAGCUCAUUGAGCAGCAGCAGCAGCAGAAGAGAGGCCGCCGCAGCCGCAGGAGUGCCUUUGUUGAUAGCUUGGAAGGAGACAGUCCCUUUCCCAAGAAGCAGCCCCUGGUCAAGCAGGACAGCCUGGACACAUACAACGAGCGGGACCCCUUCAAGAACGAUGACGCCCGGGACGAGGAAGAGGACCCCGAGGACACAGACAGCGGCAUCGAGGGCGAGGUGGACCCCUUGGACCGUGAUGUCAUCAUCCAGCCGCCGCCUCCGCCGCCUCCCCUCAGACACCCCACAGAAAGGGUCAACUUCCCCAAGGGCCUUCCCUGGGCCCCUAAAGUCAGGGAGAAGGACAUCGAGCACUUCCUUGAGACCAGUAGGAACAAGUUCAUCGGUUUUACUCUGGGAAAUGACAUAGAGACCCUAGUGGGCUUGCCCAGGCCAAUCCAUGAGAGCGUCAAGACUCUUAAACAGCACAAGUAUGUGUCCAUUGCUGAAGUCCAGAUGAAAAGGGAGGAGGAGCUGCAACUGUGUCCACUGACUCUGGGCGAGGAGGAGGUGGAGGAGACACCAGCAGAGAUGCUGUACCUGGGCAUGCUUCCUAACCUCUCCCAGUACGUGAUUGCCCUCCUGAAGCUGCUGCUGGCUGCAGCUCCAACCUCCAAAGCCAAAACUGACUCCAUCAACAUCUUGGCUGAUGUGCUGCCUGAGGAGAUGCCUAUCACAGUCCUUCAGAGCAUGAAGCUGGGAAUAGACGUGAACCGUCACAAGGAAAUCAUCGUCAAGGCCAUCUCUGCUCUGCUCUUGCUGCUUCUCAAACACUUCAAACUCAACCAUAUUUAUCAGUUCGAGAUUGUCUCCCAGCACUUGGUGUUCGCCAACUGUAUCCCACUCAUCCUCAAGUUCUUCAAUCAGAACAUCAUGUCCUAUAUCAGUGCCAAAAACAGUAUAUGUGUGCUGGACUUCCCCCACUGUGUGGUCCAUGAGAUGCCCGAACUCACAGCUGAGAGCCUGGAAGCAGGAGACAACAACCAAUUCUGUUGGAGAAACCUGUUUUCUUGCAUCAAUCUGCUGAGAAUAUUAAACAAGCUGACCAAGUGGAAACACUCCAGGACAAUGAUGCUGGUGGUGUUCAAGUCCGCCCCCAUCCUGAAGAGAGCUCUGAAGGUGAAGCAGGCCAUGAUGCAGCUCUACGUUCUGAAGCUGCUUAAGAUUCAGACCAAGUACCUGGGCCGCCAGUGGAGGAAGAGCAACAUGAAGACCAUGUCGGCCAUCUACCAGAAGGUCCGCCACAGGCUCAAUGACGACUGGGCCUACGGAAAUGAUAUUGACGCACGGCCCUGGGACUUCCAGGCGGAGGAGUGCGCCCUGAGGGAGAGCAUCGAGAAGUUCAACAGCCGCCGCUACGACAAGAACAAGAGUGGAGACUUUGCACCCGUGGACAAUUGCCUGCAGAGCGUGCUGGGCCAGCGCGUGGAGCUGCCCGAGGACUUCCACUACAGCUACGAGAUGUGGCUGGAGAGGGAGGUCUUCUCCCAGCCGAUCCAGUGGGAGGGGCUGCUGCAGAAUCCGUGAUGGAGGGUGGGGGAGGGAGAGGGUCGGAGAGAGUGGCGGGCUGGCAGUGGAGAAGUCGCAUACAAACAUAGGGGGUGUUCUUACUGCAAAAAUGGGGUCUGAACAGAGGACGAAGAAGGGAAAGGGGUUUAUGUAGUGCAUCAGUGAGGGGAGGGAUGGGGGAGGGUGAAGAAAAUGCUGGAGACGAAGAAGCUGCCUCCAUAGGCUAUCCAGUGAUGGGAGAAGAUGGAGGAUGAAAUGCAGCAACAAAUGGAGCUUCCUACUGUGAGCUCAGUACAGAUAGAUGCCACACACACACAUAAUUGACUCUAACGUGCCUAUGACUACUGUGAACACACAUGGACAUGACAGGCAACAACAGAGGUAGCUGUUAAUAAGAAACCGCUGUAGCAGCAGACAGCGUUGGCCAGUUAUACUGCCCCCCACCCCAACCCGUGUUACACAACAAUAUAUCUUCACCACUUUGUCAAUUUAUAUGUCCCCCUUUUUAAAAUGUUGGUGCUUUUUUGACUCCUUGGUGAUGUUUUUCCUAUUUAUUUGUAUCAAUGUGUGGUUAAACAUUUUAUGAUGAAUAUUUUUUUUAUGAGGAUGUAAAUUUUAAAUGAUUUCUAAUCAGUUUAUGUCUUUAAUUUUAUUUUAACAAAGCCCACUAUAGGUAUUGGGUCGUAGUUUGUUGAUGAUGGAUUUGAAAGUUUUUCUUAUGUAUUUUCUAGAAGAAGAAAAAAAGGUGUUGGAAGCAAACCACAGGGUCAUUUUUGAUAGUCUAAAUGUAGAAGUGAGAGAUAUUUCCACAAAUGGCAUAGUGAGCUCACAUAUAUGUCACCAAAAAAAAUUAUAUAUAUGAAUACCAGCCGUAAGUGUAUAGGUUUGUAUGUGAACGUAAACAGUAUGUGGGUGCAGAAAGAAAAUAACAUGUAAAUGGCCAGAUGUGGAGAGGAUAGUUCGGAGUAAAAAACUAUAUGAAUCUUUUAGAAGAAGCUGUACCCUAUUUGUUUUGUUUUUUUAAUAGAAAAUUUACCUUGUAUAGAAUCCUUGCUAUUCUGGGUAUCUUUUUUAUUUCUAGAUGUACCAGCUGCACAGUUACCAAAACAACCAGUUAUGUCUUCAUCCUUGAAGUGUUUUGUUUUUUAAAACCUAAAAUACUGUUUGAAACCUACACCGGCGUUUUAGCACGAUGGCGUAUUAUGGCCGUUGUAGAUUAAAAAUAAAAUGUGGAGAUGCGAAGGUGGGGGGAUUAGAGAUGUGAGAGAUGUGAGAUUACUUGAACAAGCAAAGGUGACAUGGUGACAUGGAUGCUUUAUCAGAAGUGUUUUCAAAUGGUAUUUUUCUGGUUUUACAAGAAAAAAUAUGUUUCGAAUCAAGACUAAUGUUGUUUGACAAAUGUACGUCCCACCAGCUUUUCUAUUGAGCCAUCCUGGGCUAGUCGACCCUCUGCAAUGCUGAGAAUAGCGGGAAUUCAGUUAAAAGGUUAAUUGUUACUCCCUGCUUUCCCCCGUUGCCCGACAACAGCACAAAACGUAAACCACUGAGCCCCUUGGUGGUGGCCUUGGUAAGCACUUUGCCACCCUUGCUUGGAAGAACACAGCUGUCACAAAAAUGGUGCUUUUUUUUCCUUCUAGUUUGUCUUUACUGAACUUUCUCGUUCCUUCACGUCCUAACUACCUAAGCGGGGCUCCAGAGUUGAGAGCUCUUAAGUUUUUUCCUGGAAAUGUCCAAAACUGAAGCACACAAACAAGCACAGAAAACAGAAAAGCAUGGUCACAUAUUUCCAUAUCAUGGUUGGUUCAGAUUGUUAUCUACUUGCCUUGAGGGGUCAAGAGCAGACAUGCAUUGUCUUUGUAUAGAACAAUCAUUUUGACAGUUAUCUCUGUGGAACUGUGCAUGGCCAUUGUUUUGUUCUGAGUAUCUGUUUGCAUUUAAAUAUGGUAUUUGGAAGGGUAUUUUAUUUUUGUCUAAUGAUGUUUCCAGCACAAUAAGGAGUGUACUUUUUUUUCACAUUGUUCUGCAUUGCAAGGGAUUUAUUUUUCUUCUUCAGGAAGGUGAAAUCUUAAAAAAAUAAUAUUGUAUACUUUAUGGAUUCUCAGGUUUAUGGAGAUAAUAUAUUGCAAAAGUUUUGAAAAGCUUCCUUGCCAUCAUCUAGCUCACUACCUGUAGAGAUGAAUACACAUUUAUCAUCACAUUCUUGUAUCAAAACACCACCUGAAGCACUAAAGAUUUACUGCAUAGGCUGUACAUUUUUCAGUAAACACAAUAACUCAUUGUGAGUUUUAAUUUAUGUCAGCUAUAUUUCAAGUUCAGAUGUAUUUUUUUUAGUAUCUUGUGCCAAACUUGAGUGCCAUUUUCUAUUUUUAUUUCAUUGUUCUUGUUCAUGAUCAUGUUUAAGGUUUUUCAUUCAAAUUACCACUGAAGGUUUGCAAUACAAACAUUUUAUUUUCUACCUGAAAACUGUACAAUCAAAGAAAAUAGCUGUUCUUGUAUCUGGUACAGUAUUUUACCAGAAGGUGUUAGCAUUGUAUUGAUGUUACUACAGUAUAUAUGUGUUUUUGUUACACACAUUUCCACAUCUGUAUAGUCAAGAUAAAUACUUAACACUGAAUUUGUUCAGGGGUAUGUGCAAUUACAGAUCCAUAGAGGCAUUAAUCAAUAGAAUGAAAUACUAAAAUAUCAGAGUUGCUUAUUAAACGAUGCUGAACCGUG